AGGACAGCCCCUUCCCACUCCCACCCCCAACCCCGCAACAAGGUAUAGAGUCGGGGGCCUGCAAGGCUACAGUGGGAGUCCGACGGUCUUCCAGCGCCUGGGUCACGGCGGCGGCCCUGGGAGCAGAGGUGGAGCGAUCCCGUUACUCUGAAGAUGAAAGGCUGGGAUUGGCUGGCCCUGCUUCUAGGGGCCCUGCUGGGAACUGCCUGGGCUCGGAGGAGCCAGGAUCUACACUGUGGAGCUUGCAGGGCUCUGGUGGAUGAACUGGAGUGGGAAAUUGCUCAAGUGGAUCCCAAGAAGACCAUUCAGAUGGGAUCUUUCCGGAUCAAUCCAGAUGGCAGCCAGUCAGUGGUGGAGAACUACGUACGUGUAGUGGGCCGGAGUGGAGAAUCCAGUGAGCUGGACCUACAGGGCAUCCGAAUUGAUUCAGACAUCAGUGGCACCCUCAAGUUUGCGUGUGAGAGCAUCGUGGAGGAAUAUGAGGAUGAGCUCAUUGAAUUCUUUUCCCGAGAGGCUGACAAUGUUAAAGACAAACUUUGUAGUAAGCGAACAGAUCUAUGCGACCAUGCCCUGCACAUAUCUCAUGAUGAGCUAUGAACCACUGGAGCGGCCCAGAUGGACAGGCUUGAUGGAUCACCCCCGGGAGGGGAAAAGGGUGGCAAUGCCUUUUAUAUUAUGUUUUUACUGAAAUGAACUGGAAAAAUAUGAAACCAAAAGUACAAACUGUUUUGUCUUUUCAUGCCUGAACUGACCCUUACGUUAUUAGACUUGAAGAUAGGUAUUCUAGACAGGAGAGAAAAGAGAGAGGAAGGAGGAGCUUUUGGGUUGGUGUAGAACAAAAGUAGGAGGAGCCUGAACCUUUAAUUCUUCUAUCUUCCUAGAUUCCUACUUCAUUCAUAAACUAGAUAAGCAUUUAUUCAGUGCCUACUUAAUACACUGUAUUUAGUGCUAACUGUGGAGAGAAGGGGAACGUCUGAAUAACCAAGGGAACCAAGGUAAUAACAGGAUUCUAGAAAUUCCCUAUAUUCAUGCUGAUGAAACAUAAAGUAAGAUAGGGCUUGACUUUCAAGGAAAUAAUGGACCUGCAUUAUUCUUCCCUUCCUGCCCUUCCAGAUGUAGGGAACAGCAAGAGCAGAGACAGGAAGGGGAAAAUGGAUGUGACCAACUCAGCUGGAAAGUAAGGGCUUUAUCGGAUAGGGAGAGAUGAGGUAAGGAAUGUUAUUUAAUGAAAGGCCUUGCUUACUGGCCUAAGCUUUUCAAUUUGAUGCCAAUGGCAACGAUGAAGUAUGUCUUUCUUAUCUCUAUCAGUAGCCCAUUGUCAGUCUGGACUAUAAGUCUGUUCCACUUUGUGUGUGUAGAGAACCUGUACUGGGACAUAGGAAUCAAAACCGAAAGGAUACCUUCUUUUGGGAGUUCCUUAAACACCCUGGUGCUGAGGUAUGGCUGUCUCAGCGUUUGCAAUAGACUAUGUCUGUCCCAGGAAUGCCUCUGGGAGAGAACAUCUGAAUAGACAUUUCAAAGACUUUUUAAAUUACUGAAUUUUAGAAUCUAAAGGGACCAUGAAGGUCAUCUGGUUCACCUCUGCCCAUUUUACAGUUGAAGAGACAGGCUCGGAGAAGCCACAGGUCCUAGAGUUCCAUAUUUAGUGGCAAAACUGGAUUUAUAAGCUAACUUUCCCAAGUGCCAAUCUUUAUCUGUUAUAACUGUAGAGUAGCUUCUACCUUUUUCUCUUAAUAAUAGCUUGCACUAAGCAUGGCACACAGAAUGAAUGUCUUCAAUAAAGCUUUCUUGUACCACAAAUCCCUAUGAAAUCUAGCAUAUUACCUAGCUCAGAGCAAGCAUUCUGAAGCUAGCUGACAACUAAACUCAGGGCCUGGUGGAUCUUCUCUCAUCAACCAUAAGAAAUGCUGUAUCGUGUCAAAUCAGUUUUCCAGACCAGCUGUUAUUAACUUGUUUUUUCCUUUUGUGAUGCACUUGAGUAAUGUUCACAUGCUUCAUACCCCUUUGAGUAUACCCAGGGAUCUGUCCAUUGCCUGCUUGGCAUCUAAACACUCCUUUCUCUUCCAUCAAAAGCUUAUCAGAAGUUUAAGUGUACUCUUAUAGGGAACUUGAAACUGUUUAAUUUAUAAAAGUGCAGAUUAUUCACAAAUUUUAAUAAAAUGAAUGUUAAUCGGUAACAAAUUACUUGUGAUGUACCUCACUAGUGUGUCAGGGAACAGCUAUUAAGAACUCUCCAGGCUGAGAGUCUGUCAUUGAUAUGUAGGGGUGUGGCCUCCAUAAGAAAGGGUGGAAGUUAUCCUCUCUCUCAGUAUUUAGUAGAGCAUAUACUCUUAACCUUGCAAAUUUGGUUACACCUUAAACUUUAGAUGUCUUCUAAAUCAGUUUAUCAGUAAAAUGUUAGGCCUUGGAAUAAACAUUCCCAAGGACAAUAUUACAUGUUAAUCUAGUCUUUUAAAAAUAAAUUUUAGAGGAUUUUUUUGCUGUUUAAAAAAGAUUCACAAAGUCAAAAACCAAACCUGUCGCCAUCAAGUCAAUUCUGAUUCAUAGCGACCCUAUAGGACAGAGUAGAACUGCCCCGUAGCGUUCCCAAGGAGCACCUGGUGGAUUUGAACUGCCGACCUUUUGGUUAGCAGCUGUAGCUCUUAACCAUUAUGCCACGGGGCAAAAUUCUUUUCAAUAUAAGACAGGGAUAAACAGCAAGGAAACUAAUAUAUGUUGAAUACCAGU